AUGGCCCUCCCACACGCAAAUGAGCCUGUGAGGCCAAUUACGGGUGUUAGUGGUGCGGUCUCAACAAGCUCUAACUUCUCAUCAUGUCAAGAGAGCAACGAACCGCCUAGACCCAGUCGUGACAUCCUGGACUUCAUUCCCGGGUUGUUACCCUACGUCACUCGGCUCGAAUGGCUCGAGAACCGCAACUGCGAGCUUUCGAGCGCCACGACAGAUGCCAACCAGAAGCGCAUAGCCGCGGAAAAGCUGCUCGAAGAUAGGACUAUGGAGAUCGACAAAAAAAGAGAAGAACUUAGAGAAGCGCGAGAGCUGCAUGCGAUACAGCUUCAGGUCAGAGACAAAGCAAUGUCUGAAAUAGAAGCCAAACUGGCACGACAAGAAGAAGAGGCUAAGGACAGCGGAUUAAGGCCUAGAUGGAUCCCGAAUAGCGAAGGACCAGACGCAGAUCUUUAUGAUGCUGUUUGGGCUUUGGGCGACAAAACGGAUAAAGCUAUGCGUGAGAUGAGAACCUUGGUAGCAGGGAGGGGUCGUCCUGAGCAGGCCUUCUCGAGGUGGGAGAAGACAUUCUGUCUGCAGAACAUCAAGCUUGUUCAGCUCGACGAACGCUUGAGGAGUAAGCAAGACAAACAGAACCAGGAGAUCAAAGAGCAGGAAGCUAUGCUUGAAGCACGCGAAGGCGUAGUCACAGACACAGAGUCCAGACUGAAUAUGGCAAAGGAGUCCCUGGAGAAUGAUCGACAAGCCUUCUCUCUUGAACAAAGCCAAUGGCGAGAUGGACGUGCUAGGAAUCUCGAAGGCACCGACCUUGAAGUUGUACAACAGCUCUGGUUGCAGGCGAAAGAGGAGCAGAUCAUACCUGCACUUAGGGCUGAAGCGAGAAGCCUGGCAACCAUCGAAGUCGAAAAUCAACUGGAGCCAGUGCACCGAGCUGCAUGUGCGGAAGCAAAGAGCGAGGGCCAUACAGAAGGUAUGGCGGAGGCGUUGCAGGUUCUAGAAGAGCGGGAGCGAGCGGCGCACGAGGCGGGCUCGGCCAGCGGUCGUGAUGCUGGUAAAAUCGAAGGCCAUGAAACUGGUCGAUAUGAGGGAUAUGCUACGGGCAGGUUUGAAGGGUUUAGAGAUGGAUAUGAGGCUGGCGAAUCCGAAGGCGUAAAGAGAGGUCGAAACGAAAGUCAAGCGCAAGCUGAGGCUAAGUGGAAAACCAAGGUCAUAUCUGCUGAGAAGAAAUGCCAUGCAGAAGGUCGCAGUGUUGGUAUGGCUGAAGGAGAAGCGAAGGGUUAUGCAGAAGGUCUGGCAUCAGCUUCGGUGAUCGCCCGAGUUGCUGGAAAGAAAGAAGGGGUUGUUGAAGGCAAAAGGCUGGCGCAGGUUGCGAAGGACGAGUCGUUUUUUCGUGGGUACCAUCUUGGUGUGCUAUUACCGCUAUGGGCGCAUCCCUCAGUGUACCAAGCCGACGGGCAGCCGACCGAAAGUCACCCAUAUUGGCGAGGCAGAGCCGUGGGCCAGUUCAUCAAGUCACGAGACGAGUAA